AUGGCUGCACUGGCGGUGAAGCAUGGCAUCGAUACGAAGUAUCAGCUGUCGAGGGAUACUCAAGUUCUGUUCGUUGGCAAAAAGAAACAUUUGAAGAAUGUUCAAUUCGAAGGCGAUAUUGUAACAAAACUGUCCGGCAUUGUUGACGCCAAAACAUGGAACUUAGUGUCCCAAGCGAUUUCUGCGAAUGGAUCCGGCGCAAUUCCGCUUCACCUAAAUUUAGCUACCGUAAUUUCUGUAGCGGACGAUACCAGUCGACACAAUGCUCCUUCAAAUUCGUCAGCGAUUUUUAAAGAGUUGAAGUCAAUCAGUCAGCCAGAUGGAGUUAAGAAUAUUUCGAUUAUUUUAUAUGCAAGUUUGUCAGAUGUGUUCCCGAGUGUGGCAGCUAUGGCGCGUUGUUUUCCUCUUUACAAUCGAUCAACAAAGAGCAGUGGUAAACUGGAGAAUGUGCAAAUUGAAGUGGUUGUUGCUGAAGGAGAGCAGUUGACCGACCGUGAUUUGCUGUUCCUACAAACGCUGGCAGAAUCGAUCCGAAAUACCGCGCGUCUUAUCGAUAUGCCAUACAAUGAACUCAACACCGAGCAGUUCACUGCUGAAGCCAUUAAACUAACUGCAGAUCUGCCAAACAUGGAGAAUAUAAUUAUCAAAGGCAAAGAUUUGUUAACGCAAGGUUUUGGCGGAAUUUAUCAUGUCGGCAAAGCAUCUACUGCACCACCAGUUUUCGCUUGCUUCAGUUAUAAACCACCGGGUGCGACACAAACGUAUGCCAUGGUUGGGAAGGGUAUUGUAUAUGAUACGGGUGGUAUGCAAAUCAAAACAAAAACUGGAAUGCCCGGUAUGAAAAAUGAUAUGGGUGGUGCAGCUGCUUUACUGUCCUCGUUCUGUGUGCUUGUGAAAAUGGGUUUUAAACAGAAUUUAUCUUGCCUACUGUGUAUUGCCGAUAAUGUUAUUUCACCGAUUGCAAAGUAA